AGGUACGCUCAACACAUACCUCAGGAUCACAGUUCACUCUUGCUUGAUUUGUCUUCGGGAGAGGAAGGUUAUCGUCACAUCGCGAUCGAAUAUGAGCGCCAGAAAACGAACGCCAUACGGACUCAAGAGCCUGGUGGAGUGUAUGUCCAGGGCAGCCCUCUUAGGGCAGCCGGAUGACAUCCCGGGAUUUCUGUCCAAAUAUGUGGAAGAAAUGAUUCAAUUCAGAGGAGGAGAUGAAGCGAGGGACACCAAGGAGGUCGCCUUUAACUUCCAAGAGCAGUGGGAGAAUGUCCAUUUGCAGCAGGCUCCAAUAACGGCCCCAGCGAAACCUCCUUCACCUACAUCCAGCAAGUUCAUCCCAACCCAUGUAUCUUUAAUUGUCCCACCUCCACCUGCAGUGGGACAAAAGACACGUAGAGUAUCUGCAGUCAGGGUUCCUACUCAGAACAACAGAGUGGGUCCAACUCGUGGAGUGAUGGCUCCGUCUGCAUCCAGACCAGUACCACCACCACCACCUAAGGCCCAAGAUAGGACUAUUCAGGUACCAUCCACCAUAGUUCCUACUCAAAACAACAGGGUGGGUCCAACUUGUGGAGUGAUGGCUCCGUCUGCAUCCAGACCAGUACCACCACCACCACCUAAGGCCCAAGAUAGGACUAGUCAGGUACCAUCCACCAUAGUUCCUACUCAAAACAACAGGGUGGGUCCAACUUGUGGAGUGAUGGCUCCGUCUGCAUCCAGACCAGUACCACCACCACCACCUAAGGCCCAAGAUAGGACUAGUCAGGUACCAUCUGCUGCGGCUCCUACUCAAAACAACAGAGUGGGUCCAACUCGUGGAGUGAUGGCUCCGUCUGCAUCCAGACCAGUACCACCACCACCACCUAAGGCCCAAGAUAGGACUAGUCAGGUACCAUCUGCUGCGGCUCCUACUCAAAACAACAGAGUGGGUCCAACUCGUGGAGUGAUGGCUCCGUCUGCAUCCAGACCAGUACCACCACCACCACCUAAGGCCCAAGAUAGGACUAGUCAGGUACCAUCCGCCAUAGUUCCUACUCAAAACAACAGGGUGGGUCCAACUUGUGGAGUGAUGGCUCCGUCUGCAUCCAGACCAGUACCACCACCACCACCUAAGGCCCAAGAUAGGAGUCGUCAGGUACCAUCUGCCACAGUUCCUACUCAAAACAACAGAGUGCGUCCAACUCGUGGAGUGAUGGCUCCGUCUACAUCCAGACCAGUACCACCACCACCACGUAAGGCCCAAGAUAGGAGUCGUCAGGUACCAUCUGCCACAGUUCCUACUCAGAACAACAGAGUGGGUCCAACUCGUGGAGUGAUGGCUCUGUCUGCAUCCAGACCAGUACCACCACCAGCAGAUGAGGCCCAAGAUAGGACUAGUCAGGUACCAUCUGCCACAGUUCCUACUCAGAACAACAGAGUGGGUCCAACUCGUGGAGUGAUGGCUCCGUCUGCAUCCAGACCAGUACCACCACCACGUAAGGCCCAAGAUAGGACUAGUCAGGUACCAUCUGCCACAGUUCCUACUCAAAACAACAGAGUGGGUCCAACUCGUGGAGUGAUGGCUCCGUCUACAUCCAGACCAGUACCACCACCAGUAGGGGAGGCCCAAGAUAGGUCUUGUCAGGUACCAUCUGCCAGGGUUCCCACUCAAAACAACAGAGUAGGUCUAACUCGUGGAGUGAUGGCUCCGUCUGCAUCCAGACCAGUACCACCACCACCACGUAAGGCCCAAGAUAGGACUAGUCAGGUACCAUCCGCCAGGGUUCCUCGUCAACGGCAGACAACACAGCCUCGACUGUCUGCAAAUGCAGUCCUCCCAUCCAUCCAAGAGGCUCCUUUAAAACAGGCGAAGGGACAAAAAACAACCAGAGACACUGGUGUAUCUACCAGCUGUCUGAAUGCAUUUGACACGACAUUACCGCCAACUGACACACAUAGAAAACAUCAUGAGUUGAAAUUGGCAUCGCCUACAGCGCCUGAAAUCCAGGCUCCGUACAGACCGAAGGGGGGGUUUUUUGUGGAUCGAGAACUAGAGCCGUUGAGAACCACAGCAGAGUCAGCAGAUUCAACCAUUCUCGCUGUACAGGCUGUAUAUGUUUGUAAAGUGCAUUGCAACUUCGCCUCACCCCAACUUAAUCAUGUGUCUACUACUUGAACCACCUUUGGGGUAUAAUCCUGACUUGUCCGAUAAACACAGGCCCUGACCCAACUUUUGUCAUGCUUGCCACUUGGCACCUAUCAGUCCAGGGAAGGGGAUCUCCUCUUGAGUGGUUCUUCCCAAGGUUUCUUCCAGUUUCACCUGUUAGAAGGUUAAAUUGGGAGUUUUUCCCUUGAGGGUGGUGUCAGUAUCACAAGGGCUUGGCAUGACUUUAAUAGGAAUUCCCUGACAUGACUGACUGAGAACCUUCCCCAACCGGACUUUCCAAUAUUGAUUAACUUGCCCUUUAGCCAGCAAGAAGGUCCCGGGUUCCAUUCCCGGGUUGCGGUUUUCUCCGUGUGCUGCGGUUCACCGAUUACCACGAGUUGUGAUAAAAAAAAAAACAUCAGUUGUUCCUUCUGCAAAUAUCCCCAAACACCUAUUAAAGUCUUAAAUAGUGCAGUUUUAUUUCAUAUUAAAGCAAAUUACCAAAUUUACAAACAUCGUGUCUACGUACUAUUAGUCAGGAACAGUGAAGUGGUAGAAGAUGUUAUGUAAUGAAUUGCUAGUUUAAUGAGAAAAUUGCUUUAAUGGUUCAUAAUUCUGUAUUUCUGCAAAUUUGGCCAAAAAUCAUUGAGAAAAAAUAGAUAAAUGGUAGUUACACUAUAUAAAUCAAAUGUGAAAUAAUGUCUUUUUUUCGGGUAUUUUUGGUAGCUUCCAUGUAGAUUUCAAAUAUAAAAUUGUGAUUAUCAGUCAAAAUUAGUUUAAUUUCUUUCUUCCUCAAACUCUCCUACUUUUAAAUGUGCUUAAACCAAUGAAUGAAUAUAUGAUAUUUUCAGUGUUUAUUUUCACUAUUUUAAAUAAUCUGAUACCAAAGGAAUUGGCAGCAGAUGAAUAAUUAAAUUAUGAACAACAAUGUCUACAGACAUCGUAUUUAUUGAAAAAUGAUAUUUUUAAUGAAUUUUAAUGAGGUGAAAUAAUUCAAAUGUUCAUACUUUCCUUUGAAGGUCCUAAUAAAUUGUUUAUGUACUUUAUUUUUCAAAAAAAGUUUCAUGUACAUUACUUAAUGGGCAGAGUAGGGCGGGUCAUGCCGAGCAAGGUAGUGUGAUCAAAAAUAACGCUGCUACAGCCGGUAGGUACAGCCGUUUGUAUCUAAAAACAAAUACACAAAAAUAAAUAUUAACACAACGGCUGUUACAUAUUGAUGCCCGUAAGUUACGCAAGUGAAGGCUUGACUCCUGACUCGUUUCAGGCAGUACAGGAG